AUGGACAUAUAUGGUAUGUUGUAUCCCUGAAGACUGGUGAGUGAGAAGAUAGGGUCUCCUUAUUAUGACAAUGUCCGCCCGCUCUCCUAUCCAGAUUCUGAUGCUGUCCUGAUUUGCUUUGACAUCAGUCGGCCAGAAACCCUCGACAGUGUGCUAAAAAAGUGGAAAGGUGAAAUCCAGGAGUUCUGUCCGAACACCAAAAUGCUUUUGGUUGGUUGCAAGUCGGAUCUGCGCACAGAUGUAAGCACGCUAGUGGAACUUUCCAACCACAGGCAGACGCCUGUGUCCUAUGAUCAGGGUGCAAAUAUGGCCAAACAGAUUGGAGCAGCUACAUAUAUCGAAUGCUCAGCCUUACAGUCAGAAAACAGUGUCAGAGACAUUUUUCAUGUUGCCACCUUGGCGUGUGUGAAUAAAACAAAUAAAAAUGUUAAACGAAACAAAUCGCAGAGGGCAACAAAGCGGAUUUCACACAUGCCUGGCAGGCCAGAACUUUCCACAGUGGCGACGGACUUGCGAAAGGACAAAGCAAAGAGUUGCACGGUGAUGUGA